AUGCAGUGGGUGAAGGUGCUUGGGGGGAUGGUGGGGGCCACUGCCCUCUUGGGGCUGGGGAUCAUCCUCGGCCACUUUGCCAUCCCUAAAGGGGCCAAUGUCCCAGCCCCCAGCGUCUCCCAGGACCUGGACCUGGAGAUCCUUGAGACCGUCAUGCAGCAGCUGGACGCCAGCAGGAUCCGAGAGAACCUCAGAGAACUCUCCAGAGAGCCUCACUUGGCCUCCAGCCCCCGGGAUGAGGCCCUGGUGCAGCUGCUGCUGCAGCGAUGGCAGGACCCGGAGUCGGGCCUGGACGCAGCAGAGGCCCCCGCCUAUGAAGUGCUGCUGUCCUUCCCCAGCCAGGAGCAGCCCAACCUCGUGGCCGUUGUGAGUCCCACCGGGAGCGUCGUGUUCUCCUGUCGCCAGAGCGAGCAGAACCUGACUGGGGAGCAGGCAGGGCCCGACGUGGUGCCCCCCUAUGCUGCCUACGCUCCCCCAGGAACCCCACAGGGCCUCCUCGUCUAUGCCAACCGCGGAACGGAAGAAGACUUUAUGAAUCUACAGACUCAGGGCAUCAAACUGGAAGGCACCAUUGCGCUGACCCGCUACGGAGGUGCAGGACGGGGGGCCAAGGCUGUGAACGCCGCGAAGUACGGGGUCGCUGGGGUGUUGGUAUACACGGACCCUGCAGACAUCAACGAUGGGCAGAGCUCUGCCAAUGAGACCUUCCCAAACUCCUGGCGCCUGCCUCCAUCUGGGGUGGAGCGAGGCUCCUAUUAUGAGUAUUUUGGGGAUCCCCUGACUCCCUACCUUCCAGCCAAUCCCUCUUCCUUUCGCCUGGAUCCUGAUGCUGCCCCUGGAUUUCCUCCAAUUCCCGCUCAACCCAUUGGCUUCGAUGAUGCCAAAAUCCUUCUCUGUAACCUCCAGGGACCCACGGCCCCGGCUGCCUGGCAGGGAGCACUGGGUUGUGACUACAGGUUGGGGCCUGGCUUCCGGUCUGAUGGUGACUUCCCAGCAGGCAGCCAGGUGAACGUGAGUGUCCACAACCGCCGGGAGCUGCGGAACUCCUCCAACGUCCUGGGGAUCAUCCGCGGCGCUGUGGAGCCAGACCGCUACGUGCUGUACGGAAACCACCGCGACAGCUGGGUACACGGGGCCGUGGACCCCAGCAGUGGCACUGCCGUCCUCCUGGAGCUCUCCCGAGUCCUGGGGACCCUGCUGAAGAAGGGCACCUGGCGUCCCCGCAGAUCCAUAGUGUUCGCGAGCUGGGGCGCAGAGGAGUUUGGGCUCAUUGGCUCCACAGAAUUCACCGAGGAAUUCUUCAGCAAGCUGCAGGAGCGCACCGUGGCCUACAUCAACGUGGACAUCUCCGUGUUUGCCAAUGCCACUUUGAGGGCGCAGGGGACGCCUCCGGUCCAGAGCGUCAUCUUUGCCGCCACCAAACAGAUCCCUGCACCAAGCCCGGUUGGCCUCAGCAUUUACGACAACUGGAUCCGGUAUUCCAACCGCAGCAGCCCAGCCUACGGCGUGGUCCCCAGCCUGGGCUCUCUGGGCGCUGGCAGCGACUAUGCCCCUUUCAUUCACUUCCUGGGCGUCUCCUCCAUGGACAUCGCCUACACCUAUGACCGGAGCAAGACCUCAGCCAGGAUCUACCCCACUUACCACACAGCCUUCGACACCUUUGGUUACGUGGACAAAUUUGUGGACCCUGGCUUCAGCAGCCACCAGGCUGUGGCCCGGACAGCAGGGAGCGUGCUUCUUAGGCUCAGUGACAGCCUUUUCCUUCCUCUGAACGUCAGUGACUAUGGAGAGACCCUCCGAAGUUUUCUGCAGGCUGCCCAGCAGAACCUGGGGGGCCUGUUGGAGCAGCACAGCAUCAGCUUGGGGCGUCUGGUGACUGCAGUGGAGAAAUUUGAGGCUGCAGCCGCGGCCUUGGAGCAGCACCGAUCCGUGCUGCAGAAAGGCUCCCCUGACCCCCUGCAGGUCCGGAUGCUCAACGACCAGCUGAUGCUCUUGGAGCGGACCUUCCUAAACCCGAGAGCCUUCCCAGAGGAACGCUACUACAGCCAUGUGCUCUGGGCACCCCGCACCAGCUCUGUGGCCACAUUCCCCGGCCUGGCCAAUGCCUGCUCCCAGGCCAUGAACACCAGCCUUGGAUCGGAAGCCUGGGCUGAAGUGCGGAGGCAGCUCAGCAUCUUGGUGGUGGCCCUGGAGGGUGCAGCGGCCACCCUAAGGCCUGUGGCUGACCUCUGACCCCAGCUCCCCACAGCCCUCAACCUGACGUUCUCCCACUCCAGUUUUCCUUGGGUGUGUCCCAGUCUUCCUUGAUGCCAACCUGAGGCCCAAUCACGGGACCCUAUCAAGCUUGUGAGACAACAGCUUAGGGUCCCACCAGUUGGGGACAC